AUGGCGGCCAAAAUCGUUUUGUACACUCUUGCGCAAGUUCUGCUUAUGCAGAGUAUCUCUGCUAACUGCGGUUGCGGACGUGGCUACAACCCCAUGAAUGCAGCAUUCGUGGCUGAUGCUUUUGCUGCUGACCGUUAUGCUGCUGACAUCUACUCCACCGAGAGAUACACAGCCGACCGUCUGGCGAGCCCUUACUCCAGUCCAUGCGCUCCAUUUGCCCCCUACGAGAUCCCAUUAGGCUACGGAAACGCCCCUGCAGCGUCGUACUGUAGCUCCCUUCCUGUAGCCAGCUCCUCUCCCAUCCCCCCCAACGGAGUAACCAUAAUAUCCGAAAACGCCAUCGAAGGACCUUUGGCUGUUUCUGGGCAGUUGCCGUUCCUCGGAACCGUUGCUUUGGAAGGCGCUCUGCCGACAGCCGGUUCGGGUGCGGUUAGCUUCGGUUGCGGUAAUGGCAAUGUCGCCAUUUUGAGCGAAGAACAGGCCGGAUACGGAUACGCUCCAGCUUAUGGUUACGAACCCUACGGUUAUGAAGCUUGGGGUUAUGGAUAUGAUGGCAUGAGACGUGGUUGUGGAUGUGCUCGUUACUGA